UGAGCAUGAGUUUCGUUUCCUUCAUUUCUUUCAUUCCUAUCAGCGCAGAGGUGAUUUGUAGGCUGUGUGGUCCAGUGGUUAAAGAAAAGGGCUUGUAAUCAGGAGGUCCCCAGGUCCAAAUCACACCUCAGCCACUGACUCAUCGUGUGACCCUGAGCAAGUCACUUAACCUCCUUGUGCUCCGUCUUUUGGGUGAGACAAUAUUGUAAAUGACUCUGCAGCUGAUGCAUAGUUCACACACCUGAGUCUCUGUAAGUUGCCUUGGAUAAAGGCAUCUGCUAAAUAAACAAAUAAUAAUUCAUCAUGGAGAAUGCACCAGACCAGCAGCUUGAUGAAAGAAGAGCUAGAUUUUUUAAAAGAAAUAUAAAAGAUGAAGGAAGCCUGCAAAAAUCUGGGAACAGGUUCAUCAUGAAGUGUCUGGAAAUUUAUGAGGAGCACAUCACAGAUGAACUGAAAACAGUCAUCCAUGGAUACAUGGUAGAGGUGCUGCACAGCAUCUUCUUUCUGGGCAACAUUCACAAGAACAAAAUUAUGCCUACAGAUUUCUUUGCAGAGAAAGAAUUUUCACAACUAUACAACAAGUUUUCAAAACCUUUUAAUGAAUUCUGCACCCACCUGCCAACCCGCACACCUUUUUCCAUCCUCCUUGAUGUGGUGGUAAAGAUUAAAGGCAGUCAAAAUGAAAUAGAGGUAAUGGAGUACCUUUUGACUUUAUUAAAACAACUGAAUGUGCCAAAAAAACCAUAUUUCAACUAUUACACCUUGGAGGCCACUGUCAUCUGCAUUUGUCAUUAUGAAAUGACAGGGGAGAAACAACGAACAAGUUCUAUGGAGCCUCCCUGUCCUGCAAGGGGCUUAGAGAGCAGCAGGUCAUCAUUUCCCUCUCGUGAUCGACACACAUGGACUCUGAAAGUGGCUUACGCAGUGGCCCUUGCAGAUGAAGGUGGUGCCAUCCAGCUUCCACAAACAGUGAAAUGCAAAGCCUUUAAAAGAAUCAGGGAAAUGACCGCUAUUGUGAAAAACCUCCAUGCAAAAAUUGCAUUACUAUAUUCAAAGGAGCUACGUUCGAGCCUUGUCACAGUGAAGCCGAUGAAGAACCAAAGUGGCCCUAUGGCAACUGUGCUGAAACAGAGUCUCUCAGCAAACUCCUCAAUGCAGAUCCAGCACUCUGUGAACAAGUACAAGUUCUGA